AUGUAUCGUGCCAAGGCAGUCUCAGAUGAUGGAGUUUCACGUCCGAAUGAUUUUCGAUUUGGAGUAGCAGAAGAAGAAUUGUUUGACUGCAUCAUUUUGCUCGAAAAGAAGCUCAGUAUUACUGAGGCUGCGUUAGGUCAAGAGGAACGAUAUAUCUUUGCCCCGAGGCGUCAACAAGCGCUAUUCUCUUUGAUCAU